AUGAAGAUAACUGAAUUUGAAUAUCCUCGGGGCUUUGUCCAGAACCUCCUGUCAGGGGCGGCUAGUUUUGCGACCUGUGUCUAUCACUUCUGCCAGGAGUUAGAAGAAUUCUGGGCCUAUCAAGAAUUACUGGGAACCUUUGUCAAGCGCCUGGCUUAUUGUGUGUCCGCAGAACUCCUGCCUCUCAUGGAAAUACCCGGCGUCAAACUGGGUAGAGCUAAGCAGUUAUACAAUGCCGGAUUCCAGUCUGUGGCGUUAGUGGCGGCUGCUGGUCCAGAGAUCCUUGUUAAAUCGAUACAACAGAUCCCUCGUAAAGUGGCAAAAUAGAUCGUCGC